UCGCUUCCAGGUGAAGGGUGCCCGGUCGCCCUGGCAACCGGGUCGCACCGGGCGCUCCUCCCGCGCUUGGUUCCCUUCAGGCCGCAAAGCUGGCGGCCCCGGGGGACUCGCAGAGUCGCGACAGUCUCUCUGACACCUCUCCGACAACUUCAGAAGUGUAUAAGAUAAGCUUUAUAUUUCCAAAUGGAGACAAGUAUGAUGGUGACUGUACAAGAACAUCUUCUGGAGUCUAUGAGAGAAACGGAAUGGGUAUCCACACCACUCCUAAUGGGAUUGUCUACAUAGGAAGCUGGAAAGAUGACAAGAUGAAUGGUUUUGGAAGACUUGAACAUUUUUCAGGAGCAGUAUAUGAAGGACAAUUUAAGGAUAAUAUGUUUCAUGGAUUGGGAACUUACACAUUCCCAACUGGGGCAAAGUAUACUGGAAAUUUCAAUGAAAAUAGGGUAGAAGGUGAAGGGGAAUAUACUGACAUCCAAGGACUGGAAUGGAGUGGCAGCUUUCAUUUUACAGCUGCCCCAGGUCUGAGACUGAAACUCCAUAUGUAGAUGUUCUGCACCAAAGUUUAAGUGGGUAGCUGAAGCACUAGUUGUAAGAAAAGCUAGGAAAUCUGUCAUCUGAAGUGACUUCAUGCGCUACUUCUAUAGUGCCAGCUUGCCAAUAAAACCAUCACUCACUUAUG